AUGGACGUUAUUAAUGAUCGUAAUACAGCAAACAAAGAGCUUCAGACCCUUCAAAAUGAAGUACAAGACUUACAAAACAAAAUUAAAGAUCUUGAAAGACAAAAGAGUGAAGCUAUUAAGCGACAGAAGCUUGAUGAAGAUCAGCAUAAGUAUUUUGCUGCUGAUGCUAGCAUUUAUAAUGAAAUACUCCGUAAUUCUUUGAGAUAUAUCAAACAAUACGAAUCCCAAGUUGAUUUAAACAACAGAGACAUAUCUGCUAUUAUAAAAGAAAUGAAAUCAACAGCUUCUGGCGGAAUUGAAGGCCAAACAGUUUCAUUUUCAAAUCGUCAGCUGACAGAUUCACUCAAGGAGCAACAAGCAGUUCAAACAAAGCUGUUGGAUGAUAAAGACUUACUUAUUCAGCAGCAAGAGGACUUCGAUCUCAGUAAAUUACUUGAUGUCAGCUGUUCAAGUGUUUUCCAAGAAAUAAACAAUGUAAAUGAAAAGAUAGAAAUAGUAAAUAAGCAUCAAGAAAUGCUUAAAAACGAAAACAACGCAUUGAGAGUUCGAAAACGGAUUGAAGAAGAAAAUAUGGAAACAAGAGCUAAAAGACUCGAGGUCGAAAUUAACAAAUGGAUGCAGAGGAUUGAUGAAAUGAAGACGUAUGAGAUUGCUGACGUGCCAAAACCAGUUUUAACAACAGAAAUUAUUUAUCGAAAUGAAUUUGAUGAAAUUCAGGAUUAUCUUGAUGAAAGAAAAGAAGUACAGAUGAAAUAUCAUAAACUUAAGAGAAAUGAAAACUCAGAUCCAAAUGAAAUUACAAAACUUAAGAAGAGAUACGGAGAAUUAACAAAUAAAAUAGCUGAUAGUGGUCACAAAGAAGUCUAUGAGAACCUCAUCCGCUUACAAACUGAUCUGUCCUUGCUUAGAGACGCAUACCGAGAUGCAUUGAAGGAAAGCAUCGACAGAAGAGCAUCAUUCGUCAACAUGUUCGCUGCUGUCGGUGAUUUGGAGACAAACAUUUGCAUGGCAUUAAGAGAAAUCGAAAAAAGAGGUUUGAAUUGCGACUUUGACGAAGAACUCACUGAUUUCAUCGCAGGAAUGUUUGUUGAUAAGCUAAGCAAAGCGGCCGAAUUGAAGAAAGUCUAUGAUUGGCUCGAUGAAAACUUUGAUGAUCCUUCUGUUAAACAAGAAACAAAGCUCAUGGAUAAGCUAAAUGCAGCUCUCGAUUUUGUCCACGGACCUGACUCAUAUUCUGAUAUAUAA